UCAACAGUCUGUCGUUUCUUGUAAAUAGUGCUUUAACACUUUAUCACUGGUUGAUAUAUCUGUAUGUGUGCAUCUCUUUUAAACAUUCCAUCAAUUUGAUUAGUUUUAUUUAAUAUAUCCAUCUAACAAUUUGACAAUUUUGCAAUGGCUGAACCAAUCAAUGUCGUUGUUACUGGAGCAGCCGGCCAAAUUGCUUAUUCUCUGCUGUAUCAACUGGCAGCUGGAUCUGUCUUUGGUCCAAAUCAGCCCAUUAAUUUACGUCUGUUAGAUAUUGCUCCAAUGGUCGAUGUUCUUAAAGGAGUAGUCAUGGAGCUUGAAGAUUUAGCUCUACCUCUUGUAAGAGAGAUUCUCCCCACUGCUGAUCCCGCUGCUGCUUUCAAAGAUGCUGCAGCUGCAUUCCUCGUUGGUGCCAUGCCUCGAAAACAAGGAAUGGAACGUAAAGAUCUUUUAGCAGCUAACGUUAAAAUUUUUAAAGAUCAAGGCGAGGCUUUAGAUAAAUAUGCAUGUAAAGAUGUGAAAGUUUUGGUGGUUGGUAAUCCAGCAAAUACAAAUGCAUUAAUUUGCUCUCAUUAUGCUCCAAGUAUUCCCAAAGAAAAUUUUACAGCUAUGACUAGAUUAGAUCAAAAUCGUGCACAAGCUUCUUUAGCAGCUCGUCUUGGUGUCCAAGUGGAUAAAGUACAAAAUGUAAUUAUUUGGGGAAAUCACAGCUCCACUCAAUAUCCAGAUGCUGCUCAUGCCAGUGUAGAACUUAAUGAUAAAGUAAGUUCAGUACCUGCAGCUAUUAAUGACGAUGCUUGGCUCAACGGAGUAUUUGUGGAAAAGAUCCAAAAACGUGGAGCGGAAGUGAUUGCUGCACGCAAAAUGUCAUCUGCCAUGUCAGCUGCUAAAGCUGCUGGAGAUCACAUGAGAGAUUGGUGGAUGGGAACCAAACCAGGUUCAUGGAUAUCAAUGGGAGUUGUCUCUGAUGGAAGUUAUGGCAUUCCGAAAGAUAUCGUUUUCUCAUUUCCUGUGACUAUAAAAAAUAAAAAAUAUGAGAUUGUGCAAGGUCUUUCAAUAAAUGACUUCGCUAGAUCUAAAUUGACAAUAACUGCCAAAGAACUUGAAGAAGAACGCGCUGAAGCACAUCAAGUCCUAAUGCCGUGACUGGCGGGCCAAGAAAUCGAAAAUAAUACACAAAAUUGUGUAAAAUGUAGAUUGUAAAUCUGUUAUCAAAAAUGGAUGUUAUGAAUAUACUAGGGAAUAUACACAAAUAACCAGUUGAUUGUUAUUUCAUUAAAAUAUAUUAACAAAUAAAUGUAUAGAUAUAACAGAAGCAUUAAUACCGUAACAUAAUUUUUCUUUUAUUCAUCUUCCCGAUAGUUCAAUAUUAAUUAUAAUAUACAAUACAGUAAUUAACUAUUUUCUCCAUUUCAAUAGCGUUAUUAAUUAUAUCUCACAUAUAUAUUAUUUCUUAUGGGUAUGCUAAACGCUAUUACAUAUAUAAUGAAUUUUUGUUAAUAUUUUCUAUUUUAUAAUAAUCCUGUGACCAUUAAGUAGCGUAUUUUACAAAUAUGCGUAGUGCCUGACAUACCAAGUCUUUAUUUCUGUUGCGAACAAACUUUAAAUCACUAGUUAUAUUUGGUUUCGAUUCUUUAUGCCAUUAAAGUCCAAUGUUGUAAUAGAAAAUGACUAAAAGAUUUGAUCUUUGACACAUCAAACAUUGUGAAAAUUAUUAAAAAGUUUUUAGAUCUUUGAUUCAAUAUAAAUUUUUUAUACUAAAAAAUUUUUGUUAUUGGAAUGGGAAAUUAAUAUACUUCAAGUAUAAUAGAUUUAAUAAUAAAUAAAUGGUGGCUUUAAUAUUUAUGUCAUGAAAAUUAUUGACAGGCAAGUUCUAGAUCUUGAAUGAUCAUAAAAAAUGUAAAAAUAUAAAAGAAAUGUAGAAAUAACGCAAAUGAGUGAAAAAAAGAGAUAAACAUGAA